CAGAAGCCAGCCACAUUUGCUGAUACAGCAGCGUGAUGCCGCCACAGAACACGAUCGAGCUAACCACCAAACCGGAAGCGGAAAAUGGUGCUACCGGAAAGCUGUUGCCCGCCAACGGUAACGGUGAAACGGCAAAGGACAAGGAGGAUCCACCCACAACGACGCUGAUCGUACCUCCGGAUGGUGGCUGGGGAUGGCUGGUAAUGGUGGCGUCCUUCUUCUGCAACGUGAUCGUCGAUGGCAUCGUGAUGAACGUCGGCAGCUUCCUGGGCCCGAUACGGGACGAGUUUGGCGUUAGUGAGGCGGAAGUAGCGCUGGUCAGUUCGCUGCUGAGUGGGUUUUACCUACUGACCGGUCCGUUCGUAAGUGCGCUUGCUAAUCGUUGGGGUUUCCGGAUCGUGACGAUCAUCGGUUCGAUUGUGGCCGCCCUAGGAUUCUUCGCGUCGCAGUACGCAACGAGCAUAAUGUUCCUGUACGUAACGUUCGGAUUUGUCGGUGGUGUCGGAUUUUGUUUCAUUUACGUCCCUUCGGUCAUCACCGUCGGAUAUUACUUCGAAAAGUGGCGCGCGGUCGCUACGGGUAUUGCACUGUGCGGUUCUGGCGUCGGUACGUUCAUCUUCUCUCCGGUAAACGCGAUGCUGAUUGAGUCGCUUGGUUGGCGCAGUGCACUUGUCGCACAGGCGGCCAUUAUACUGUUCUGUAUUGGGUGCGGUGCCAUCUUCCGGCCGAUUCAACCGACCGAGGUUACAGCUACCAAGAACGAUGACACACCAGCGGAUAAGGGCAUCCUGCUGGGUGAGGGCUUACCAGUCGUCUACACAAGACCCCUGCCCGAAGGCCGUUACGCUUACUCGAUGCCGAACAGUUCGCACAACACGUGGAUGGGAGCAAACCCGAACUACCAGUAUCCGACGGCUGCCGAGAUCUUCCGUCAGGGCAGUGGGCACAAUCUCGAUCGCCGACCGUCGCAUACCUCCGGCCAGCUGGUUAGUCACAAUCUGCAAAGCACCACAAAGAAGUUGGAAAAGAUUCAAAAACGGCUCGCCGGACAAAUGACACCGGACGAUACAAUUCAUGCGCACGGUUUCGCGACGGCCCAUCACGAACUGAAUCCGGUCGGUGAGGCGGACGAGGAAGAGACAGAGAAUGGCACACUGCUAACGUCACCGGAACAGCAGUCAGUUACCAUUACGACGGCUUCGACCCGGCGCCACACCGUCUCUGGACGACGGCCGAAUGAACCGGCCAGCUCGCGCCACGGCUCACGGCGAACGCUUAACGACGGUGCUCGACCGAUGUAUCGUGAUGACAUUUUCUUCACUGGCUCCCUUGCACGAAUUCCUCAGUACAAGUCGCAAACGUCGCUCGGGUACCAUAUGUCUGUGACCCGGUUGCCUACGCAGGCCGAUGUUGAGGAAACGGAAACCGAACAGUGUAUGGUGUGUCCGGAAGCGGUCCGCCGUACUUUGGCUACCAUGUUGGACAUGUCGCUGCUGAAGUCACCCUCGUUCAUGAUGCUGGCCUUCAGUGGGUUCCUCACGAUGAUGGGCUUUUUCGUUCCGUUCCUGUACGUCAAACAACGCGCCGUCGCUGGAGGAAUGGCCGAUGAGGUAUCUACAUUCAUCGUUUCGGCUAUUGGCAUAUCCAACACGAUUGCUAGGGUGGUCUGUGGGUUGCUGACAUCCUUCAAGAACAUCAACGCAUUGCAUCUGAACAAUGUUGCCAUCACGCUGGGCGGUAUUGCUACAAUGAUCAGUGGCAUCUACAUUACCGAAGCCUACCAGUUUACGUAUGCAGGUGUUUUUGGGCUCGCUAUCGCAUGUUUCUCCGCGCUCCGUUCAAUUCUGGUGGUUGAUCUGAUGGGACUGGAAAAGCUCACCAACGCCUUCGGUAUAUUGUGCCUGUUCCAGGGCAUUGCUGCGUUCCUUGGAGCACCAAUCGCUGGAUAUUUCACCGAGCUGACCGGCACAUACGAUGCUUCGUUUUACAUCUCCGGUGCACUUAUCACACUAUCCGCCAUUCUCUGCUACCCGUUGGCCAUAGUCAAUCGAUGGGAAAAACAACGUGCCGCUAAGAAGGACUCGCAGAAAGUUUAGCGUGGAUCGUCUGGGUUGCAAAUCGAGCAUUAAUCUGUUAAUGUUUAAAUUUUCGCCUGUAGUAAAAUACGU